AUGGUCACGUACCGACAGUACGGCCAGAAUUUCUGCGCUUCAGGGGAAGUGUGGCUGGGAAGCCAUGCCGAUGUCAAGAAGGCCGUGCAGAAUCCACAGGCAAGGACCCACUGGUUGGGAGAGCACCCGUUGCUUCCGAGUUCGUUGCCGCAUGGGGAGUCCGGUCGUUGCGUCUUUUUGCUGGCCCUCUCCAGCAAGGCAGUCGGGGGCACCGGAGACCACGAGAACUUCCGAAAGUGCGUCAUCGACACCCUGCUGGGCCCAGCCUCAGUAGCCAGGGAGACAGAUGAGAUCUCCGCGCAGCUCAUGAGGGAGUGCGCCGAAGACUUCCUCAAGAUUGACAGCGGCUUCGACUUCUACGAUGGAUCGGAAGGCGGAAACCAGGCCUUCUGGAUCAAGUACUUGCACCACGUGCUCUUCGGCAUGGAUAUCCGGGACAAGGUCAAGCCAGAGUACAACAACAUGACCGCCCGAGAGCUUGCCCUGCUCAUGACCAGCAUCAUGAGGAUCGCCGGAGUCCAAGGCUCUCGCAUGCUGACUUGGCUCCUUAGCUCCACGAGGCCCUGUUUUGUUCUGCACCUCGGGGUCAUCUACGGAAACCUCCGCAUCGAUGCCCGCGACGUUUGGGACUCGCUGAACCUGGACGAUGAGGAUGACGUCCUGAACUACAUCCUCGAAGUGGCACGACUCUCCCCCCCAGUAACCGUCUCCCACCAUGUCGCCAUGGAGGACUUCUCCUGUGACAUUGCGGGGAAGACCUACAAGUUCCCAAAAGGAACCAAGGUGGCGAUCCCCCUAGUCUUCGCCAACAUCGAUGCGACCGUUUGGGGAGAGGACGUGUGGCCCGAAACCCAAGUGGUACCCUUUUGGUUUAGGUUUAGGGUUUAG